GCGCGGGUGCGGGCGCUGCGCGGGGGCGCGGCGGCGGGGCCCGGGGACGGGGAGGGGGGGACGGGGAAAGGGGGGGACCCACGGCGGGGCCAUGCGGAGCCCGGGCUGAGCCAUGAAGCGGCAGAACCUGCGCACGGCCGCGCUCAUCCUCUGCAUCUUCUCCUACCUGCUGGUGGGCGCCGCCGUCUUCGAUGCGCUGGAGUCGGAGGCGGAGAGCGGCCGCAAGCGGCUGCUGGAGCAGAAGCGCGGGGAGCUGCGGAGGAAGUACCGCUUCUCCGCCGACGAUUACCGGGAGCUGGAGCGCCUGGUGCUGCAGGCCGAGCCCCACCGAGCCGGCAGGCAGUGGAAGUUCGCCGGCUCCUUCUACUUCGCCAUCACGGUCAUCACCACCAUCGGCUACGGGCACGCUGCCCCGGGCACGGACGCCGGCAAAGUUUUCUGCAUGUUCUACGCCAUCCUGGGCAUCCCCCUGACCCUCGUCAUGUUCCAGAGCCUGGGCGAGCGCAUGAACACCCUCGUGCGGCUGCUGCUCAAGAAGGUGAAGAAGUGCCUGGGCAUGAGGACAACCAACGUCUCCAUGGAGAACAUGGUCCUGGUGGGCUUUCUGUCCUGCAUGGGCACGCUGUGCAUCGGGGCGGCGGCCUUCUCGUACUUCGAGGGCUGGACCUUCUUCCACGCAUACUAUUACUGCUUCAUAACCUUGACCACCAUCGGCUUCGGCGACUUCGUGGCCCUGCAGAAGAACGAGGCGCUGCAAAAGAAGCCCCCGUACGUGGCCUUCAGCUUCAUGUACAUCCUGGUGGGCCUGACGGUCAUCGGCGCCUUCCUCAACCUGGUGGUGCUGCGCUUCCUCACCAUGAACUCGGAGGACGAGCGGCGGGACGCCGAGGAGAGGGCCUCACUGCGCAGGGCCCGCAACAACCUCCACCCGCCGCCCGGCGAGGCCGGCCGGAGCAGCAAGGCCAUUUUCCUCCCGGCGGAGGAGCGGACGAGCCAGCUGAACCUGAUCCCCCUGGUCCAGGAGGACGCGGAGAGGCGGCGGCGCUCGGCCAACUCCUCGGCCAAGGUGCCCUCCUUCUGCACCUGCCUGUGCUACCGAGCCCCGCUGUGCGGCAGCCCCGCGCCCUCCCACCCCGAGACGCUGAGCUGCCACACCAACCCCGUCUACUACAACUCCAUCUCCUACAAAAUCGACGAGGUGUCCCUGAGCACGCGGGGCCAGACCGGCUCCUCCCCGGCGAGCACGCUGUCGUCUGGCAGCCCCCGGUGCCGGCAGCGCCUGCGGCCGCGCAGGAAAUCCAUCUAGGACAGCACUCGGGCCCUGCUUUGGCAGACGAUUAACUGAGGCCUCAGGUCCCUCCUGGCGCCCUCGUUUCUCCUCUCCCCUCCCAGCUGGCAGCCCGCAGCCCAGGAGAUAAAGGAUCCUUCCCCUGGCAGGGGAGCGGGCAGGGAAUCGCACACUCUCGGCUUUCUUUGCUCUUCCCUCCCAGGUGGGCUCGAGUGUUUGGGUCUGGCAAGAGCCCCGUGAUGUUAAACCAGCGGGCUGUAGGUUUGCUUUCCCGCCUCACUGCUCCCAAAAUUAAGUUAUUACUGCCCUCCUCCUCCUCCUCUUCCGCCCCCCUGCCCAGCAUCACAGGCUGCGUUAGGCUCGCUGCGAGCCUGCGGAUGAAGCCUUUGUGGGUGAGCCCUGCAGGGCCGGGGGUCUCCUGCAAGCUGCCCCCAGCCCUGGGUGCAGGCGAGGCGGUGCCACACAGCAGGAUCAUGGCUGGGAUGGCACCAGGGGUGGGCUGCAGCCCUCCCUCUAGCUCAGCACAUGGGGACAGCUGGCUCUGGGUGGCUGGAGACCCUCAAGCUGAGCCCCACGCGCUCUCUUGCUUCCCCACCCGCUGCCAGGGGUCCUGUAGGCUCAGCCGGGGGGCAGCGUCCCGCUUGCAGGGAUGGGUUGGGCAGGAGGGACUGCAGGCUGUGGGAAGGGCUCGGCCCCAGGGAGCACCUCCCCAGACCACCCGCAAAGGGUUUGGCCCUAAUUAGAUCGUUAGCAAAAUUCCCUAAUGGGGAAGCUGCUUCCAGCUGGUGCCUCCAUGCCCUGUGCCCACCCUGCCUCACCUGCAGGAGCAGGACAGGGCUCUGGCAGCAGGAGCAGCUCCAUCUCAUUUUUUCCUCCCAAUAAAGAGACAUUUUCACUUUUAGUUCUACCUGAACCCCCCUCUGAUGUGGUUUUCUCUCCAUUUUUCUGCUGGUGGGGAAGGCAUGCAGGGUGCCAGCACUGGGGAGGCUCCAGGGCAGGCUUUGCUCUCUCCUCCUUUUGUUCUGGGAAGUUUAAUAAAAGGUGAAUCCAG